AUACAUCGCAGAGAAAGCGGGUACUGCGAGGCACCGGCCCGCCACCAACGCCCCCUUCAUUUUCAAUAUCAAGACAGUGGGCGGCAUGAUCCUGCUCAAAGUCAAGUUCACAGAUUGCUUUGUGGAGAUUGCCAAACUCGUGCAGCAAUGUAAGCACAACCAUUUCAAGGAUGCAGCACUACAAGCAGAGUCGGAAAGCGUUCUAAGAUCCCAUUCUGCCCCAUCCCACCCCGCUGUGCCCCUUUCCAUCCCUCGCUGCCCCUUUCCACCCCUCGCUGCCCCUUUCCACCGCUCUCCACCACAGAUUGACGCACAGGGACGGCAAGGAGUGGGUGGUUCUCAGUGUGGGGCCGUCAGGCAAACCAAGUCCGUGGGAGGGCAACUGCAGCGACGCCAUCCCUGCCACCCUAAUAAGUGGGCAGGCGCUCAUAGGGGUGAGUAG